UGAGCUCUCGUCUGGAAUGGCGUUGCUGGUUAAGAUCAGGCCUGUCCUGAAGCAGCACCAGGUGGCUGCAUCAGACUGAAAGCUGUAAAGCUAAUUGACUGCUUGUUCCGUGAGUCAUGCUAAUAGUGCGGAAAUUGAAGAUUACAAAUGGUAACCUGCAGGAGCAGGGAGAGCAGGGGAUGUGCUUUAUUUCGACUUCAGCCAGGUUUGUCGUGGUCACAGUCUGGCUGCCUUCUGGCAGCCACCCCUGGGUCCAUCUGCUCCAGUAGGGCCACCUGCAGAACACUGCCAGGACCUACAUCCAGGUGGGUUUUGACCCUCUCCAAGGAUGGAGACUUUGCAGCCCCUCCAGGCAACUUGUGCCAGUGUUUAACCACUCUGAUUCGUUCAGCGGAACUUGUCUUGUUCCAGUUUGUUCCUGUUACAUCUUGUCCCAGAGGAACACCAUGGAGCUGUGUUAGGGGACGGUCAGGUGAGGGUGAGGAAAAGGUUCUGCCCCGGGGAACAGUGGGCAUGGCACAGCUCCCUAGGGCAGCAGGCACAGCCCCGAGCUGACGGAGCUCUGGGAGCACUGGGACACUGUUCUCAGCCAUAGGGUUUGGGGGUGCUGUGUGUGGCCAGGGGUUGGGUUGGUGACCCUUGUGGGUCCCUUCCAACUUGGGUUGUUUCAUAGUUCUAUGAUACUCAUGGCCCUUCACUGGUCAAGGCAAGCAACAUCCUCUUUUCCCCUCAUCCACCAAGCUGGUCACCUCAUCACAGAAGACUAUUGCAUUGGUUAAGCCUGCCUUCUUCUUUGUGAAUCCCUGGUGACUGCUCCCAGUCACCUUUUUGUCCUUCAUGUGCUUGGAAAUGCUUUCCAGGAUCAGUUGCUCCAUCAUCUUUCUGAUAUCAAGGCGAGGCUGACCAGCUGGUCAUUCCUUCUCCUUGCCCUUUCUGGGGAGUCGUGACAUUGGCUUUCUUCAGAGCUCCAAGAAUCUCUCCUGGUCACCAUGGCCUUUCAAAGACAAUCCAGAGCAGCCUCAUAAUGACACGGGCCAACUCCUAGUGCACGAGUGCUACCCAUCAGGUCCCAUGGACUUACGUGCCUCCAAUUUCUUUAAAUGUUCCCUAACAUGAUUCCUGCUCCAGCUUGGCUAAGUCUUCCUUGCUCCAGGCUUUCCCAGGACCUGGGGUUCCUGGGGCUGGUCUUAGCCAUGAAGACUGAAGCACAGGAGGCAUUGAGCAUCUCAGCAUUUUUCCCUGUCCUUUGGCAUCAGCACCAUGCCCCAGCAAGCAGCAGAAUGAUAUUUUCUUUAGUCUGCCUUUUGCUGUUGAUGUGCUUGGAGAAGCCUUUCUGGUUGCACGUUGUGUCUGUUUGCCUUUUGCUGUUUUCAUGCUCUCUUGCAACAUCUCUGUUGGUUCUGGUGAAGGCUCAGGAGGACUUCCAGUUGUGCACAGAUACCUGAGAGGAGGCAGAAAGGGCAGUACAGCCAGAUUCUUCUCCAUGGCACCUGGUGGCAGGCACAAAUUAAACCACAAGAAGUUCCGUUCCAUGUAAGAAUACACUUUUCUUACUGUCCUGUAUCCAAGCACUGGCACAGGGACCAGAGAGGGGCUGGGGUCUCCUCUUUGGAGAUCUCCAAAAGGCACCUGGAUGUGGGGCUGGGCAUCCUGCUCUGGGUGGCAGAGGGACCAGAGGUGCCCCCAGCCUCACCGUUCUGUUAUCAAACAUGCAGUAAGCUGAUAGGCUUAAUUAUAUCACUUGAAAUCCACAGAACUGGUUUAGGGAACUACUUUUUAAAUUUAUUUAUUUUUUAAAUUACUAAAAGCCUGUGAAAGAUGCUACCUCUUGACGUAGCCGAAUUAUUGCAGCUUAAACUGGCUAAUUACUACUGAUUACCAGUCCUGUUUUGUGUCCUUCACUGGGAUUCCUGUGUAAGAGUGGACCAGUGGAGGCUCCAGCUGGGAUCAGGGGUUAUGUGCUGUACAAACAGGUAUGAAGACAAAGUCCUCGUCGUGACGCUUGCCCAGCAGAACUGGAUGGAGGUGAGCGGGGCAAAGGCGAUCUCACUGCCCGUAGAGCCCCCAUGCCAUCUCCUGGUGGCCUCCAGCUGCCCCUCCAGAAGGACCUGGGUGGCCCAUGGGUCCUGUGGCCCAUCUGCCUGCUCCGUGGGCAUCUCUGGUAAUGAGUUGCAUCUGGAAACGCACCCAUGGAUGCUACUGUAAGAUCAGAUUUUGAACUGAAGCUGCAGUGAUACGAGGUAAUGCCUGUAGUACUUGGCUGAGUGAGACUUCUCGUAGUUGUUUCUGUUGGAAGCCUUGGAAACAGGUGCAGCAGAUGGGAGGCUGGGAGCAGGACAGGACAUGGAGACAGUGGGUGUUGGAAGAUUCAAAUGGCUAAGAUGAAUGGAGACGCAUGCACCAUGCUCCUGGCAAGCUUCUGAGGCCGGGCUGCAAGAAAAUAAGGAUGCUUGGUGUUCUCCAAGUCUGCCUGGCAUCGAGACAGAAAGAAUCUCGUGGAAGGAGAAGCAGAUGAGAACUCGGCUUUGUCAUCUCGGGCAGCACAAAACCAGCUUCACCCGCAUGCGUCCAUUUCUGCCCUUCACCCCUGAUGUUACCGUCAGACAUUGCAGGUAUCCUGAGGGAACUUGGAGAACUGCUGAAGGGGAAGUGAACAGAGAAGCAGAAAUUCAGUUUCCCAGGGAAUGAGCUUGAUCAGGAGUAGGUCAUAAGGUGGUCACGGGGUGGAGGAGACUUCUGCAAGAGAUCAGCAGGUGUUUUUGGAAGGGUCAUGGGAAGCCUGCUGCUUGAUACCUAAGUGGGAUGGAUGUGUCUCAGUCAUUCCUUAUGGACUCGUGGGUCAUCCACCAGUGAAAACGUCUCCACAAGGGGUUCCAUGGCCGCCUUUGGAUCUGAGCACGUGGAAAACUUUGCCUGCUAUCUAAUCGAAAUCUCCUUUGUUGUAAAAUCAGUUGGUUUCCUUUGUUCUGCCCAGCAGCUCUGCAGAGCAAUUAAUAACCGAUCCCUUUAUAAGAGGGCGUUUUUAAUUGCCAGGCCCGUCGCAUGACUUCCUCAUCCUUCCUCUGAGUGUUCUGGCUGCAGUUUCCCCCUCAGCCCGCCGGCCUACACCGGUCUUGAGCAUUUCCUGGUGGUUCUUUCAUUUCCUGCCUUUUCUCCAGCCUGUCUCCAGCUUUCUUUUUCCCCAGGAGCGCAGUGCGGUCGCGACAAAGCCUUUCCACACGGUGUGAAAGGCAAUGAUGUGCUCCCACAUCCAGCCGAUAGCAGCAGCACUCAGUGCAGCACACCUCUGUCUUCCAGCAUGGGUGGUACAUGGCAUGCAAUGGCAUGCAUUAGAUUUAAGGCUGUCCAUCAAAGAGAAGGAGGUAAAGGUGAGAAUGUGCAGGAGUACGGCAAGGCUAUGUCUUCAGGGGCAAUAACCACCCGUGGCUUGAAGCCUCACUCUUCUCCUGCACUGCUAUCAUCCUUAAAUUCAUUUUAAUCUACCAUUCAAGUCAGUAAUAAAGAGAGUUCUUACGGCAGCCCUAAGCUAGUCCCAGUGACUGUGUGGGAGGCUGUCCUGGCAUGGCACUUGAUCAUUAUCUCUUGAAAAAUACGUUUUCAGCAGAUGGUGCAUCAUCCUCCUGAGUAAUGGCCAUACCCAGGUGAGCUUGGUACGCGUGCUUGGUUUUUGUGUGCUUCUGAAUGGAAAAGGCAAAACCUUUUUGUUACUCACGUGCUGGGAACAAGAUUGUCCUAUACCCAGUAUCACAGGAGCUGGAGGCCGAGCUGGGAAAAGCCGUGCAAGGAAACCUCGUGUGACGUGCCUUCCUCCCAGCCUGCUCUUCUUUAUCCACAGAGGUGUGAAGGCAGCAUUUAAGUUCUUUGCAAUGUGCUGGGCUUCUCCACUCUCAUUUUCUUGUUUCAUUUCUUUGUACAUUUCUGUGCAGAGCGAGAUGUGGACAGUGAUAGCGUAGCGUGUCUAUGAAGGCUGCUCUGAAGUACAGGGAUCCCCCCUAAUGCUGCUGGUCCUUAAUUUUCUCAAUAAAGGGUGGAUAUUUUUGUGUCUGUAGCAGGUGGAAAAACACCGCUCAUCCCUGGGAGAUCUACUCUUAUCAGUACUUCUUUCCCCCUCACCCCCUAAUUAUCCCACCAGAGAGGGAGGUGAGAUUGAAUUAACACGAGUAGACAGCUCGUGCAUAUGCCUACAUCUCCGCCACAGUCAGGAAUCCCUGCUGCUCCAGGAAGCUUUGACAACCAUCCCAAACCAUUCACAGCCUUCUUGCAUGCCCCAGGCUGGAUGUAAGUGGCUUCCGAAGCCACCUCUCCUCUUGCAUCCCAGCAGCUUCUCCAUCCAUCCUGCAUCUUCAGGCCCGAGAGGGCUGCUACCAUAGGACCACAGCCUUUGGGUUUGGACCAAACACAGUUCCAAUGACGUCCGGGUGCACCAGGAUUGCUUUCAGCACACUGCACAUCGACGUCACCUGCUUGGCCACAUCCCCAGGGAGCUCUGGUCAUUUGCAGUCUAUUGUAUUCUUUGGCUCAGUGCACUCCUUUCAGCAUAAACAGCAUUUCGUCUGUCUGUACCCCUGUAAGACACAUGUUUUAUGAAUGCCCUUGUAAGAGCUGUUUACAUGCAACAUGUGAAACCCUCCAGCAGAAGCCAAGCAAACCGUGUUGCUGCCGCAGAUGAGAAGGGUCUUCCAAAAUGCCUUUUCUCUCACAUCUUCAUGAUUUACUUCUUGCGUCUGCACUCUUAUUUAUUAAUGCAUUUGAUCACCAUCACACCUACACUUCAGUAUUCCAUGUAUUUUGGUGUUACCCCUUUCCCGACCCUCUGUUCUCAUUCACUGGUGGACUUGUCUUUGUUUUUGAGGUUGCAAAGAAUCUUCCUUUCUGACAGCUGAGGUUGGGGGCAGGAAAGAGGGGGAAAUCUUCCCUUAAUAUUCCUUUCCAUGUCCUCGUAAGGCUGUUUCUUAUCUAUAUGAAGCAUACCAUUGGCGUAUCUUUACAUAAUUACUUAAUAAACCACUUUGAGUGAGUUAAUUACUCCCAUCAGAAACCUGUUUCCAGACCUCUCUGCAUUCACGGCCAGGAAACUUGCUCUGUGUUUCAAAAGCAUCAAGGUCUCAUUCUGCAAAGCAAAGCACCAACUGCUGGAAGUGGGAAUGAAAAGCAAUGAAAACCUCGAGAUUUUGAUUGUCUCUGCCAGGAACAAAGGGGAAAAGGAGGCGGCAGACGUUGCUGAGAGCAUCCAUGCAAGCGACAGAGCUCAUGGAAUCCAAGAGUUGUAGAAUCUGAUGAGUUGGAAGGGAUCUGAAGGUCACCUGGACUGGAGCUUUGGCUUGGAGGACAAGCAACCAAAGGCUUUCUGCACCGAGGUGGCUAUUUUAGCAUCUUUAUAUUCCAUCCACAUGGAAUAUUCUCCAGGUUCCGCUCAGGAGUGCAGAUAAACAGUGCCUGGCUGCAGUGCUGACUUUGGAGGGCUAAAGUUGGGAAGAUUAGAAAGUGUGUUGUCCUCUGAAAUGGUGCAGGAACCCACUGUAUUUUUGUGAUUGAGCACAAGAGGAUGAAAGCCUUGUCUGCCAGCAUCGAGGAGCAGAUGCUGAGUUUGAUCUGAGGUUUUGGCUUGAGCAUCAUCCUUGAAGCAAAGCCCACGUCCCAGUGCCAGCCUUUCCCUGCAGCCCUUUGCUCAGAGACCAUCCCUGCUCCUCUGCAGCUCCCUCUGGAGAAGAACCAGGCAGGAACUCUGUUGCAAAGCCAACCGAAAGGCAUUUGCUUGAGUCUCACACAUUGCCGUCGUUCUGUAGGACAGCGUCGAGCCAGCACCUCCAGCUGGGAUUAAUGGUGGCACCCAAAAUUAGGAUGUGAUGAAGCAGAGGUGUAGAACACAUUGUGGGUAUUUCUGGGGCCAAGGAGGGUGUAGGAUUGAAGGUCCAGGGCCGCAGAGAUGCGCUCAGCGUGCCCCACUGAUAAGGGCUCCUUUUGCAUUCCUAAAAACAAGAGUUAGGAAGUUGGGCUCUCUGUGUUUUUUUUAGUGUCUGUGUGAGAGGUGCUGGUUACUGCAUAGUGAUGCUGGACCUGGAAUUGCCCCCACCUGUCUUCAUUAACUAAGCCAGCACAACUUUAUGAGCAUCUCAUUAUUUAGGAUCUCUUCUGGCUUGCUGAACUGAAGCAAGUGAUGGGACAGUUGGUACGGCUUGCUCCAUCUCCCUGGUUUAACCCACAUGCUCUUAUAACCCUGGAGGGAGAAAACACCUUUUUAAGAGGGAGGAUAAGACCUGAAGCCAACACAAAGCACCCAGCAGGAGCUGGUGGUUGCUGUGAACACAUUGCAGAUGGAAAUUCAACCUGCUGACAUGUACAGGGAGCUCAAGGCCAUGACCAACACGGCUGGUGGCCAUCUUCCAGCAUGGGCACAGAGCCGUCGUCGCACAUGGUGGCACCAGCAUGGCACUUCCCUUUACAGCGUGAGCUCUUGCAAGAGGGAAUGGCAGCUUUUUCAAAGGCGAAGCAGACUGUUAGCCUGUAUUCCACUGCAAGAGAUUUUAUAUUCAGAGCACCCAUCAAAUUAAGCAAACCGGGGGAACUUCGAGAAGAAUACGAAAGCCAGCUAAGGAAGCUGAGAGAAGAAAAAGUACAAGAAGAAAAAGCUUCCGAGGACCUGAUUCACAAACUCAUGCUAGAUGACGUGGAAGUAGGAAAACGAAAAAUGGAAGAACAGCAGAAAAAAGAUGAAUCUCUCGUGCUCAAAGUGAACCAAGAGUGUUUUCCUGAACGUCUCUCGGAUUCAGAAAAUGAAGAACCAUUCCAGGGCAAGCAAACACAUCGGUCAGCAUUCGUUUCCAAGACCAGUGCCUACUCCUUCGCUUUCCUUUCAGGGAACCUAACCUGCAAGGUGGAAAGGAGUCGGAGCUGCAAUGACACCAUCCAGGAGAGAUCAAAGAGCAGGCAGAGAUCAGCCCCAGCCAACAAAACAAAGGUCCCACCCAUCACCAGCGCAUCGACACCUCUGCUGGGAGUCCUCUCCUCCACCCAGAACAACCGCUGCCUCUCUGCCCCGGACCUGACGGCGGAGAAGCGCCCGCUCCUCAACCCCGCGUCAUCUCUCUCGGCCCUGCACAAACCGGAGCGAUCCAUCAGCCCCGAGAGCAACGACAGCAUCUCAGAAGAGCUCAACCACUUCAAGCCCAUCGUCUGCUCGCCGUGCACGCCUCCCAAGAGGCUUCCUGAUGGCCGCGUCCUCAGCCCUCUCAUCAUCAAAUCCACUCCGAGGAACCUCAGCCGGAGCCUGCAGAAACCGACCACCUACGAGGCCAGCCCCAGAAUACUGAAAAAAUGGGAGCAGAUCUUUCAGGAGCGUCAGAUUAAAAAGACUCUCUCUAAAGCCACCCUUACGUCGUUGGCUUCGGAGCCCGGGGAGGACGUUACGCUUCCUGACAUCACCCAUAAGGAGCAUUCCCAGAUUCAGGACGAUCAGCUGCCGCCGGAUGCGACAGGAGACCCUCACCCCGAGCUGGAUUUCCUUCCUUCUAUCAGUGAAAUGAAGAGAGGGAGCGAGAGGAACAGGGAUUCCCAGGCCUUAACGGCAGAUGACGGUGCUGAACCAGAGGUGCGAUCGAACGCAGCCUUGUUGCACGCACGCGUGUCCGAAGCCCCCGACGUCAAAGCCAACGUGUUCACGGACAAAUCUUGUCUUAAUCUUGGCCCCAAAGCGCUGAGCAGAAGGAUCAUGGGGGUGCCAGACAGCAGCACCCUGGGGGUCCUGUCAGGGAAGAAGCAGCUGAAAUGCCUCAACAACAGCGAGCUGAUCAACGUGCAGAACAACACCUGCAACUCUGUCGAGAACAUCAUCAGCGAACAACCGCCGGCGCUGCGGCGGGGACGGAAGAGACGCUGCAAAACGAAGCACUUGGAGCACAACGGCUCCGUCAAAAGACUGAGGCACGCGGCAGGGGAGCCGGGCUUGGAGGAGCGCCUGGUGCGGGAGGUGGAGCAGAAGCUGCAGCAGGAGGAGGAGGACAGGAGGUUGGCCCUGCACCUGCAGCGCAUCUUCGACAGCGAGAACAGGACAGUGGACAGGCGGAAAGUCAGGGUGGAUCGGUACCUGCUGCGGUCGAAGAGCACCCUGGGUGCCAAGUAGCACUGGUGGACGAUGUUGCCUUUCUAGAGGACGAUGAGGUUUAUCAAAUUAUCAUAUAGGAAAGCUAUUUUUUUUUUUUGUCAUACUUCCACCCACGCCAUCGUUUUUCAUUUCGGUGGUAAGACAUUCGAGGUCCAGUUCAGAGAGAAGCCAGAGUCCUUCCAGAU